UCGUUAGAAAGUCUCUGAGUGCAUAUCUUUUAAAUUUCGGGAAUUAGUGGGAACGAUGUUAACGAAGCAAAAUUAUAGUCAAGUAAUGCGACGUACUUUUCAAAGAUCGUGGUGAAUGGCAGGCAAAUGUAUAUGUAUUCAUAUACCUCGUCUGUGACAGACCUGUGCGGUUUUUUGGCGAAGCAGCUGAGUGGAAAUAGAGGUCGCAAUAAAACUCAAUCGGUAUCAUUAUUGCAAAUCAUGUGAUCAGUACUGCAUUUAAUACGCUUGCGCGACCUUCGUGCAAGGUGACCGUUUCGAGGAUUGGUACGGCACGCAUGUUAUUCGCUUGUAAGUAGCGUGCGCGUGAAGUCAUCUGUGACAUCGGGGUACGUGUGUACGUCGUGAAAACCGGUCAUUGCGCCCGUUAAUUUCUUUCGCAGUAGAAAUAUUACGCUGCGUUUUGUAUCUCCCGUGAACGAUAUACCUCCAGAAUUCAAUUCGACGUUCGCGUACAUCAUCAAAAAAAGAUAUCGCAAGGAAAUCUUCACGAAUGAAAGAUAAUUGAAUCCUCGCAGAAACAGAAAAAGAAGAAGUUGAAUUAAAUCUGAAGUGUUGGGGUGCGGAAUUGGUCUUAUGUAACAGAGAUAAAAGAAAUCCAAAUUAUAGAUACGGCAGUUUUGCCUUGAUAAAUAUUCUGUUGUCGAAGGAAGAGAGGAAAUAAACGAAGAGAGAUGUCAGCAUCAGAUGUCGACGAAGAAAAGAGGAAACAAAUCUCCGUACGCGGGAUCGUUGAUGUGGAGAACGUCGCGAACUUCAAAAAAACAUUUAAUAGGCAUCUUCACUAUACUCUCGUGAAAGAUCGUAAUGUGGCCACCAGCAGGGAUUAUUUCUUCGCUUUGGCACACAGCGUCAAGGACAACUUGGUCUCUAGAUGGAUACGAACCCAACAAUACUAUUACGAGAAAGACCCAAAAAGGGUUUACUAUCUUUCCUUGGAAUUCUAUAUGGGAAGAACUCUUCAAAAUACUAUGAUUAAUUUAGGCAUCCAAGGUGCUUGUGACGAAGCUAUGUAUCAGAUGGGCUUGGACAUUGAAGAACUGGAAGAACUUGAAGAAGAUGCAGGUCUAGGAAAUGGAGGUUUAGGAAGAUUAGCAGCUUGCUUUCUAGACAGUAUGGCCACUCUUGGCCUAGCUGCUUAUGGUUACGGAAUUCGAUAUGAAUAUGGUAUAUUUACGCAGAAAAUAAGAAAUGGAGAACAGAUUGAGGAACCAGACGAUUGGUUACGUUAUGGAAAUCCGUGGGAGAAGGCUAGACCAGAAUUUACGCUUCCAGUAAAUUUCUUUGGUCAAGUGAUUGAUACUCCUGAAGGAAAGAAAUGGGUUAAUACGCAGGUUGUAUUCGCGAUGCCAUACGAUAAUCCAAUUCCUGGAUACAAAAACAAUGUUGUUAAUACUCUUAGAUUAUGGUCUGCCAAAUCACCCGUAGAAUUUAAUUUGAAAUUUUUCAACAAUGGUGAUUACAUUCAAGCUGUAAUCGACCGCAACUUGGCAGAGAACAUUUCUAGAGUGUUGUAUCCUAAUGAUAAUUUCUUUGAGGGUAAAGAAUUGCGGUUGAAGCAAGAAUAUUUCAUGGUGGCAGCUACUCUUCAGGAUAUCGUUCGAAGGUAUAAAGCUAGUAAAUUUGGCUCAAGAGAACACCAUAGAACAGAUUUCGACUUGUUCCCUGAUAAAGUAGCCAUUCAAUUGAAUGAUACUCAUCCUUCUUUAGCAAUUCCUGAACUUAUGAGAAUCCUUGUCGACGUCGAAGGGCUUCCUUGGGAGAAAGCUUGGGACAUCACGACAAGAACAUGCGCUUAUACUAAUCAUACAGUUCUUCCGGAAGCUUUAGAAAGAUGGCCUACAAAUAUGUUAGAAUAUAUUCUUCCUAGACAUUUGCAGAUCAUUUAUCAUAUUAAUUACAUUCAUCUGCAACAAGUUUCCGCUAAAUUUCCGGGAGACAUAGACCGUCUUCGCCGUAUGUCUUUGAUCGAGGAAGAAGGUGAAAAGAGAGUUAAUAUGGCUCAUCUUUCAAUCGUUGGUAGCCAUGCUAUUAACGGUGUUGCAGCGUUGCAUUCGGAAAUUUUGAAAAGCAGCGUAUUCAGAGAUUUUUAUGAAUUGGCACCUGAGAAGUUCCAGAACAAAACUAAUGGCAUUACACCAAGAAGAUGGCUUCUUUUGUGUAAUCCAAAUCUCUCAGAUAUCAUCGAAGAAAAAAUUGGCAGCGAUUGGACAGUACAUCUAGAACAACUCGCUCAGUUAAAACAAUGGGCUAAAGAUCCAGUUUUCCAGCGCAGUGUUAUGAAAGUGAAACAAGAAAAUAAAUUGAGAUUGGCGCAGAUGCUUGAAAAAGAUUACGGAGUUAAAGUGAAUCCUGCCUCCAUCUUCGAUAUUCAGGUAAAGCGAAUACAUGAAUAUAAAAGGCAACUAUUAAACUGUCUACAUGUACUCGCGUUAUACAACAGAAUAAAAAAGAAUCCAACUGCACCAUUCGUUCCUCGAACGGUGAUGAUUGGAGGAAAAGCAGCUCCUGGAUAUCAUACAGCUAAAAAAAUUAUAAAGUUAAUUUGUGCUGUAGGAGACGUUAUAAACAAUGAUCCUAUUGUUGGCGACAAAUUGAAAUUUAUUUUCUUAGAGAAUUAUCGAGUUACCUUAGCAGAAAAAGUAAUUCCAGCAGCAGAUUUGAGCGAACAAAUUUCCACCGCAGGCACUGAAGCCUCUGGCACUGGAAAUAUGAAGUUUAUGUUAAACGGAGCCUUGACAAUUGGCACAUUAGAUGGUGCUAACGUAGAAAUGGCUGAAGAAAUGGGAAAAGAAAAUAUGUUCAUUUUUGGUUUAACAGUCGAUGAGGUGGAGGACUUGAAGAAAAGAGGCUAUGACGCUCAUAGUUAUUACAACAGAAUCCCUGAAUUAAAGGAAUGUAUUGAUCAAAUCCAAAAUGGUUACUUUAGCCCAUAUAAUGUAGAUGAAUAUAAAACUAUUUCCAAUCUUCUACUACAAUGGGAUAGAUUUCUUACGUUAGCUGAUUAUGAAAGCUACAUAGAAAUGCAAGAUCAUGUUGGUAAAGUUUAUCAGGAUGAAAGUAAAUGGGCAGAAAUGGUGAUCAAUAAUAUAGCUUCUUCAGGGAAAUUUUCAUCAGACAGAACAAUUGCAGAAUAUGCACGUGAAAUUUGGGGUGUUGAACCAUCUUGGCAACGACUUCCUGCGCCUCAUGAACCACGAGAUAUUUAAAUUAUAACUUUUCUUCUCUGGAUAAUUUACUUUGCUUAUUAUCAACAGUUUUCUAAUUCCUUUUUUUUAACACAUAGAUAAUAUUCCUUUACUAACAAGCAUGAGCAAUAUUACUAUUUAUUCAUUUAUUAUUUUUACUGAACGUAAAAUAUUAUAAAAAUAUAAUUAUAUACUCAAAUCGCUCAUGCUUUUGAAAAAACAUAUACUGCCUAAAUUUCUUGAAAAACUUUAUUGACUGUCAAUGACUGAAGAACUAUAAUAAUAUUGAUAUAAAAGAAAAAUUUAUCAUGACAAAAAUUAUUUUGGACUUAACUUUAUCAUAAUGAUAGAUACAUCUCUUGAAGAAACAGAACAGAUACAAUCUAGUCGAAAAAAAAGCUAUAUAAUAGCAUCAAAAAUAAUUUUAAUCAUAUUUUUCUACUUGUAAUUUACAACAACGAUAAAAGUUAAAAAUGAAUUUAUCAACUAUCUCAAAUAAUCAACAAAUUUUGAAACAGAAUAAUAAGAAGAAUAUACACUAUUUUAAACUUUAAAUCCAUCACAAGAUUAUUGUAAACAUUUAAUUAUAUAUUUAUAAUGUAUGGGAAUCUGAGAUACUAGUAGCUGAAGUUUAUCGAGUAUUUCAAAAUAUUUAUAGUCAAAUUUUGUGAGAAUUAUUAUAUUUAAAAGAAAAGAAAAUGAUUCUUGUUUAUAUAUUUAAUUCAAUAAAACAU